AAAAAUAAAAAUAAAAUUCAUACUCCAACAAAACCCUAACCCCCAAAUAGAUUGUCCACUGUCCAGUGAACUCGUCUGUUUCUAGUGACGCGAAUUUCAGCGGGAAAACCAACACCCCUGCCGAUGAAGCUUUAGAUGUGAUGAAGGGUGGAAUGUUGGAAGAAAAUAUUGUAGAAGAACCACAUUCUGUUAGUAGUCCAAGAAGAACCCUUAGUUUUUCAAAGAAGAGAAAGGCCACUGUAUCCAUUCUUGAUCCUGAUGACAAGACAUCUGGGUCUGGAGUCUCUGGGGAGCACGGCCCCAAACCUUCCGAAGUUUAUGGGUUUGUAGGGUCCAUUACAACUGUUGUUGCCACAGCUAUCUUCUUGGUAUGGGCAUAUGUUCCUGAACCCUGGUUACAUUCAGUUGGAAUCUUCUACUAUCCUAACAGGUAUUGGGCAUUGGCAGUGCCCACUUAUGCAAUGGUCACAGUAGUGUUAGCUCUGGUAUUCUACAUUGGCCUUAACUUCAUGUCAAGCCCUCCUCCAACUUCUUUGAAUACAAUUUUCGAUGAUUUCAGCAGGGAACCUGCAGAUUUUGUUACUGUUGCAACGGGAGAUGACCAACCUAUUGAGCCCAUCUCUGACAUCGGCAUCGACAGAAUUAAUGAAAUCAUGUUUAGCGAUGUAAAGUGAGAUAUUUUGAGUAGCGGUGCCCUGUGUGUAGUGUACUUUUGUUCUGCAAGUGUUGAUUUGCACUGAUUUUUGUUACGAUAAAACGUAGAAUCAAUUGUGACAAAUAAAGCCGAAAAUUUGGAAAUCACUAAGAAAUAUUGCUGCA